AUGCGGGGCCCGGGCAGGACCCCAGCUGGGGUGGCCUCUCCCAAUCCCCCAAGAAUCAGGGAGACCUUGGCAGUGGAAUCUAGGGGAAGCCACAAUAAAACUCUCUCCCUGGCCUGCAGCCUCCUGCGUGUCCUGGGUGGGGGGGGUUACAAGCACAUCCGACGUGACCCCAACUCCUCCUCUGCAAGCCAGUGCUGGGUGCGGCCGGGGAUGGGGGGCCGGAGCCUGGGACCCCCGCUUCCUUGGGGAGAGGGGGAGAGGCCGAGCACGGCGGAAGGGCCCACGUGGGGCAGCGUGGCCAGGCCCCGCCCCCGCCCACAGCGGCGGAGGGAUUUGAGGGGUCGAGGCCGGCCUGGAGGGGCGAGAGGGUCACCUGAGGACAGCCGGAGGGGCGCGGGCCCCCAUCGCGAGGGCUGGGAGAGGCGUGCUCAGCGCCCCCCAACUCCGCUGCCAGAAGCGCCCCCCACCCACCCCGCAGGCCCCGCCCCGCGCCCAGCAAUCCGGGGAACCUGCCUGGGGAGGGGGCACGCAGCCAGCAAGGGGCAGGGGUCAGUUGAGAGCCUAGCCCUGUUGGAGCCCUGCAGGGGCAUCCCCCAGGGCUCAACCCAGGGAACAGGGGUGACCACGCUGCCCUUUGUCCCCAGGUCCCCCUGGCCUGCACUCCAGGCCUCUGUCACUGCCCCGCGAUUCGUCCCAGAGAGAGCCGAGAGGCUGGCCCGGCCCCCAACCCGGGACUCCCGGGGGAUCCUCAGCCCCCCACCUCCCACCAGGGACAUCAAGAACAUGUUGACUCCCGUCAACCUGCAGUGUCGCGGCCUGAGGCUCCCAGGGGCGCCCCCAGGGGCUCCCCCAGCCCCCUCGUGCCCACCCCAGAAGAGGCACCAUCGGAAGCAGCCACACCCCUGCCAGGGCUCCGAGAAAGGGGACCCCGGGUUCGAGGGGGUGACCCUGAAAUUUCAGAUCAAGCCAGAUGCCAGCCUACAGAUCCUACCCAGCUACAGCCUGGCCUGCAGCAGCGGCUCUCUGGGGGGUCCCGCAGCACCCACCGGUGUCCCCGAAGCCAGCCAAGCGGGCAGCGAGGCACUGGGGCCCCGGCGCUGUGCUUCCUGUAAGACCGAGAGGACGCCACUCUGGAGGGAUGCCGAAGAUGGGACCCCACUCUGCAAUGCGUGUGGUAUCAGGUACAAGAAAUAUGGCACCCGGUGCUCGGGCUGCUGGCUGGUGCCCCGGAAAAGCGUCCAGCCCAAGAGGCUCUGUGGCAGAUGUGGGGUGUCCCUGGGCCCCCCACAAGACGCAGUUGAGGAAGGUGCUCCCAGGGGGAAGACUCAGGCCUCAGGACCCAGAGCUCCUCAGGGAGAAGAAAGAGCCCUGGGCCCUGUCUCGGGAGCCCACAGGCCCCCUUCUCCUCAGCCCCUGCUCCAGCCGGGCCUGGCCGGGCCCCCCCUCAGGAAGUGUUCUCUGCGGUGAUCAUCGGUGUGUU